GGUUUAAAGCUUGCAUUGCUGAAGAUAAACUGACUCCAGAAUUGCUGUAGCUUCCUGUCAUGAUGACAUUAAAUGAGGCUUGACAUUUGCUUGACAAAGUGGAUGGAGCUAUAAUGGGAUGGAUUUGAAUAUGGGCAAAUGGACAGGCAUGCAAGCCCCUCUCCUCGGCCUGGGUCUCCUGCUGUUUUUCCUGAUCUCCAAGCCAACUGCCUGCUACAGCCAGAACAUCCAUGAAGCCCGUGAUGAUGGAUCCAACUUCCGAUUCACUCAACCCGUCUACCAUGCUACGAUCUAUGAAAACUCAGCAGCACGGACCUAUACCAACAGUAAAAUUAAAAUGGGAAUUCACUUAGACAAACGCUCCUGGGAGAUUCGAUACAGAAUCACUUCAGGAGAUGAAGAGGGGUUUUUCAAGGCAGAGGAGUAUGUGCUCGGUGACUUCUGUUUCUUGCGCAUAAGGACCAAGGGAGGAAACGCAGCUAUCUUAAAUCGAGAGAUUCAGGAUAAUUAUGUAUUGACAGUGAAGGCCUACAUCAAGGGAGAUUCCCUUCUUGAGACCUGGACUAAAGUCAGCAUCCAGGUCUUGGAUAUGAAUGACCUCCGACCUUUAUUCUCACCCACCACAUACUCUGUCACUAUAGCAGAGAGCACCCCUCUCAGGACAAGCAUAGCACAAGUAACUGCCACUGAUGCAGAUAUUGGUUCCAAUGGAGAGUUUUACUUUUUUUUCAAAGAGAAAAUGGAACUGUUUGCAGUACACCCAACUAGCGGAGUAGUUUAUCUGAGUGGAAAGCUUAAUGUUGAUGAGCAGAACCGCUAUGACUUAGAAAUCCUGGCGGUGGACCGUGGCAUGAAGCUGUAUGGAAAUAACGGGGUUAGCAGCACAGCCAAGCUUUUUGUACAUGUAGAGCGUGUAAACGAGCAUGCACCAGUAAUGAAUGUAGUCACUCUCAGCACCUCAAGGCUGGAUAAAAACCCCGUUUAUGCCAUGGUAACUGUUGAAGACCUAGAUGAUGGCAUAAAUGGAGAAAUUGAUUCAGUCACCAUUGUGGGUGGGGAUCCCUCAGGACAGUUUUUUGUAGAAAAAUAUGGAGAAAAUGAGUUUGUCCUAAAAGCUUCAGAGACAUUAAGUUGGGAGAUUUUCCCUGAUGGAUGUAAUUUAACCUUGCAAGCUAAAGAUAAAGGAACCCCACAGAAGUUAUCUACUGAAAAGGUUCUCCACAUUCUGUUAAAUAAGAGGCUGAAUGAUGAAGUUCACUUUGAGCAGGAGUUAUAUGAUUUUAGGUUAGAUGAAUUUUCACCACCAGGCACAAUCGUAGGUGCUGCUAAAAUAAGGCCAGAACCUGAUGAUGCAGAAUAUAUCCUGAUACCUUGUGCAGAUUCAGCUUUUUUUCAAAUGAAUACCUUAACAGGUGUGAUCUCCACCACUCGCUGGUUCACUCAGGUGUCCCAGGAUGUCUUUAAUCUUGAGGUACUGGAAACAGACAGUGAUCUCAGAGUUAAAGUGCAGGUAACCAUUGAAGAUGCCAAUGAUAACACGCCGAUAUUUGCCCAGAAUUCUUAUGAAGUUUUUGUCAAUGAAAGCGUACCAGUUGGGACCAAUGUGAUAACAGUAUCUGCAGUGGAUAAAGAUAAAGGUGAAAAUGGAUAUAUAACUUACAGCAUAUCCAGCCUUCAUCCACUACCUUUCAAGAUCAAUCAGUUUUCUGGUGUUAUUAGCACCACUACAGAUUUGGAUUUUGAAUCCUCACCGGAGAUCUUUGUGUUUGCCGUCAGAGCUUCGGACUGGGGGUCACCUUACAGGCGAGAGAGUGAAGUCAAUGUAACAAUCCACUUGGAAAAUGUAAAUGAUAAUCAGCCAAUAUUUGAAAAAGUAGCAUGCCAGGGAGUCAUUUCUGCAGAUUUCCCAAUGGGUGAAAUUAUUACUACAAUGUCUGCAAUUGAUAUAGAUGAGUUAGAGCUUGUAAAAUAUAAGAUCAUUUCAGGAAAUGAGCAGGGGCACUUUGACCUCAACCCUGAUUCAGGGGUCCUUACAUUGCGACAUUCCCUUGCCACCUUAAGUCCAAAGAAUAGUGUCUAUAGUCUAAAAAUAACUGCCACAGAUGGUGAGAGCUUUUCUGACGCAAUGUUUGUUAAUAUCUCUGUUAUUCAUGGAAAAUCUCUUCCCAAGCAGUUUACUUGUAAAGAAACAAGGGUAGCCCUAAAACUAGCAGAGAAGUUACUCAAAAAAUCCAAAGCUAGUACCAAACUUAAACUCGAGGAAGGUUUUAUUGACCUAUUCUCUGUCAAUCGGCAAACACCCCGGUUUGACAAAACAUUUCCCACAGAUAUUGCUGUGCAGGAAGACCUAAAGGUUGGCUCAAGUGUUUUCAAGGUGAAUGCUUAUGAUGGAGACACAGGUUUUAAUGGUCAGAUUCUAUACUCUAUUUCAGAUGGAAACACUGACAAUUGUUUUACCAUUGACACACUGACUGGCCUCAUCAGUGUUUUUCUGCCCAUGGACAGAGAAAAGAGAGAUCACUAUCUUCUCAACGUGACUAUCUAUGACCUUGGCGUCCCCCAGAAAAUGGCCUGGCGCCUGCUUACUGUUCAUAUAGAGGAUACAAAUGAUAAUGCACCCCAGUUUUUGCAAGAAGAAGGCUAUAGCAUAGUCAUACCUGAAAACACUGCCAUAGGUACAGACAUCAUCCAGGUUGAGGCCACUGACAAAGAUCUUGGAGCCAGUGGAGAGAUUGUGUAUUCUUUUCUGACAAGCACCACCCAGUUUGACAUUAACGCCACUAAUGGGAUAGUGUAUGUUUCUGGCCAACUAGACAGGGAGUUAUGCUCUACUUUUAGCCUGAAGAUUGAGGCUCGGGACAGAGCAGACAGAGGGAGUCGUAAGUUCGCUGUGACUACAUUGAAAGUCACAUUGGAGGAUGUAAAUGACUGUCCCCCGUUAUUUAUCCCAAGUGUGUAUAAAGCUAGGGCUCUGGAGGAUCUUCCAGUUGGAAGUGUGGUGGCUUGGCUAGAAACCCAGGACCCAGACCUGGGCUUAGGAGGUCAGGUCCGGUACUCUCUGGUCAAUGAUCACAAUGGGUGGUUUGAGUUAGACCGGAUCAGUGGAGCUAUACGUCUGACCAAGGAGCUUGACUAUGAGACCAAACAGUUCUACAACCUCACGGUGAAAGCCAAAGACAAGGGAAGGCCUGUUUCUCUUCUCUCUGUCACGUCUGUGGAGUUGGAAGUCAUAGAUGUGAACGAAAACCUCUACGCUCCAUACUUUUCCCACUUUGCCUUAACAGGAUUGGUUAAAGAGAAUGCCCGCAUCGGAACUACUUUACUCCAAGUUAGCGCUAAUGAUGACGAUGAUGGUAGAGAUGGAGAAAUCCACUACUCUAUCCGUGAUGGGAGUGGGCUUGGACGGUUUUCCAUCGAUGAAGAGACUGGGGUGAUCUACACCACUGAUAUAUUGGACCGAGAAACCAAGGAUUCUUAUUGGCUGACGGUGUAUGCCAGCGACCGUGGUGUGGUUCCUCAGUUCACCAGUAUCGAGGUGUUCAUUCAGGUGGAGGAUGUCAACGACAAUGCCCCCCUAACCUCCCAGCCACUGUACCGGCCCUCAGUGCCCGAGAAUUCACCACGAGAUGUUUCAAUAAUCCAUAUCCAGGCCCAAGAUCCCGAUGCCUCACCCACUACCUCCACGGACUGGUUCAACUACCGUAUUAUUAGUGGAAACCCACAGAAUUUCUUUACUAUUAACUCCCGAACUGGUUUGAUCACCACAACAUCACGGAAACUGGACCGAGAGCAGCAAGCAGAGCAUGUUUUAGAGGUGCUGGUUUCAGAUGGUGGUCCUAGUCCCAAGCAGAGUACAGUCUGGGUUAUGGUCCAGGUUCUAGAUGAAAAUGACAACAGACCCACAUUUCAUGAGAAAGUCUACAAGGUCAAACUUCCAGAGAGACAGCGUACUAAGAAGGGAGAGCCCGUCUAUCGGGUGUUCGCCUACGACUACGACGAUGGGCCCAACAGCGACCUCUCUUACAGCAUUGUGGACGGCAAUGAGGACGGGAAAUUCUUCAUUGACUCCAAGACGGGAGCAGUAUCAUCGCGGAAGGCCUUCCCUGCAGGAGGCUACAACAUCCUCACUAUCAAAGCGACAGACAGUGGGCGUCCUCAGAAGUCUGGAACAGCUCGUCUUCACAUUGAGUGGAUCAGUCGUCCACCUCCAUCAACUUUACCGUUCCUCUUUGAUGAGCCGUUCUACAACUUUACCAUCAUGGAGAAUGACAAGGUGGCUGAAAUUGUGGGUGUGGUGUCCCUACAACAGAACUCAGGCUCGGUGUGGUUCGACAUCACAGGUGGAAACAGUGACAGCACAUUUGAUGUAGAAAAGGCUGUGGGUACCAUCAUAAUCGCCAAACCGUUGGAUGCUGAAAAGUGUGCCUUCUACAACCUGACGGUGCUGGCCACAGAUGGCACUAACAUUGCAUAUUCCCAGAUUCAUAUCAAUGUUAUGGACACCAAUGACAACGACCCCAUCUUUUCACAAUCGACCUACGAGGUCACCAUUUCUGAAGAUACACCACCAGACACGGAGGUGGCCCAGAUACUGGCAACUGACCAUGAUGCUCAUCACCAGCUUACCUAUUCUCUCCAAAGCUCCAUAGACCUCGCUAGCAUGCGUCUGUUCCGCAUCCACCCUACACUUGGCACCAUCUAUACUACUCAGAGGAUGGACCAUGAGGCCUGUGCUGAGCAUAUUCUCACUGUUAUGGUGAAGGACCAAGAGUUCCCAUACAGAAAAAAUGUUGUUCUUGUGCUCAUAGAAGUGGAAGAUAUCAAUGAUCAUGUGCCCAUAUUUACCAGUGCUCUGUAUGAAGGCUUAGUCUAUGAGUCAGCAGCAGUGGGAUCAGCUGUAGUCCAGGUUACUGCACUGGACAAAGACAAAGGCAAGAAUGCAGAGCUACACUACUCCAUUGAAGCAGGUAACAUUGGAAAUGCAUUCCAAAUGGAGCCAGUUUUGGGCAUCAUCAGUGUUGCACAUCACCUGGACUUGUCCAGCGUGGGACACUAUGUUAUCACUGUCAGAGUUACUGACAAUGGAACUCCUCCCUUGUCCACUACCACAAUUGUUCGUAUUGCUGUCACUCUCUCUGACAAUGCCGGUCCAAAAUUCCCUCAACCUGAGUAUCAGAAUGAGAUCACAGAGAAUGCAAUGGUUGGGACCUACGUCACCGCAGUCAGUGCUGUCAGCCAGUCUACCAUCACUUAUGACAUCAAGCAGGGCAAUGCACAGCGAGCUUUUCAGAUAAAUCAGUAUAGUGGGGUCAUUACUACUCAAAAGCCUCUAGACUAUGAGACCACAGCAUCUUACACUCUGACAGUCCAAGCUGCUAACAUGGCUGGUAUGACUUCCAAUGCUACUGUGUUAAUCCAUGUACUGGAUGAGAAUGACAACUCGCCAGUGUUCCAGCAGCAUCAUUAUUAUGGCAGCAUCAAUGAGGUUGCUCCUGUUAACAGUGUGGUUUUGAACUCAGAAAACUUACCUUUAGUGAUCAGGGCCACUGAUGCUGACCAUAACCAAAAUGCUCUGUUGGUCUAUGAAAUUGUUGAGGAGACUGCAAAAAUGUUCUUUACUGUGGACUCAGGAACUGGUUCCAUUAGGACUAUUGCUAAUUUAGAUCAUGAGACAUUUGCCUUCUUCCACUUCCAUGUCAAUGUGAGGGACAAAGGGAGACCACAGCUGACAGCAGAUAGUCCAACUGAGGUCACAAUACAAGUGAUAGACUCAAAUGAUUCCCCACCUUUCUUCACCCAGAAUGCCUAUGAAACAGUCCUGCUACUCCCCACCUAUGUUGGAGUAGAAGCUUUGCAGGUGUCAGCCAUAGACCCUGACAAAUAUGUCCCAAUGGAGCUCACAUACUCUCUGAAUGAUGGAGUGCUGGAGAACUUUGCCAUCAAACCCACCAGUGGAAUUAUUGUAGUCAAAAACAGCAACUUCUCCAAAGAGCUUUUUCGCUUCGGUGUCAGAGUUUCAGAUGGGAAAUUCUCCAGCACAGCAUUGGUGACCAUACAUGUCCAAGAGGCUUUGGACUCUGAUCUCAGCUUCACUCAUAGCAUUUACUUCUCAUCUAUUAAAGAGAAUGUAUCAAAUAUCACCAAAGUGGCUGUGGUCAAUGCUGUGGGGAACCGUCUCAAUGAGCCACUAAAGUACUUGCUGCUAAAUGCUGGUACACAUUUCAGAAUUCGUUCAACAUCUGGAGUAAUCCAGACCACAGGCAUACCUUUUGAUCGUGAGGAGCAAGAAUUCUAUGAACUGAUUGUAGAGGCAAGAAGGGAGUAUGAUCAUCUGCAUGUGGCCAGAGCUAUGGUCAAAGUUCAAGUUGAGGACAUAAAUGACAAUGCCCCUGUGUUUAUUGGACUUCCUUAUUAUGCGGCUGUUCAAGUGGAAGCUGAACCAGGAUCGCCCAUUUUCAAAGUACUUGCAGUCGAUAUUGACAAAGGCAUCAAUGGAGAGGUGUCUUACUAUCUCAAGGAUGAGCACAAUCACUUUGAGAUUAAUCAGAAGACGGGUAGUAUCACCCUCAAGAGGUCUUUUGAGUCUGACUUGUCUAAUGUAGAAUACCAAAUGGUGAUUUAUGCCAGAGAUGGUGGUUAUCAGCCCCUCUCAUCCACUGUUGAGUUUCCCAUUACUGUUGUCAACAAAGCCAUGCCUGUUUUUGACAAGUCAUUUUAUUAUGUAUCUGUGAAUGAGGAUGUGGAUGUACACACACCUAUCAUCAGCAUCAAUGCUACUAGUUCUGAAAAUCAGAACAUAAUCUACACUAUUGUUGAUGGGGAUCCAUCUUUUCAGUUUGAUAUCGGGUUUGAUACUGGAAUUGUAAGUGUCAUUCACCCUUUGGAUUAUGAAGCAACUUCGUCUUACCACCUUACCAUAAGAGCCACAGACUGCCUGACUGGUGCCCAUGCUGAGGUUGAUGUAGAUGUGUUUGUCCUGGAUAUAAAUGAUAACCCACCUAUCUUCAAGAAGAUGUCCUACAGGGUAGUGUUGUCUGAAACAGCCAUGAUUGGAACGCCGGUACUUCAAGUCACUGCCACGGACAAAGACUCAGAGAAGAACAGUGUUCUUCGCUACCAGAUAUUCUCACAUGUGCACAACAGCACAGACUAUUUUCACAUUGACAGUAGCAGUGGAUUAAUUCUUACAGCACGCAUGCUAGACCAUGAACUUGUUCAGGAUUAUGAUUUUGUUGUCAGAGCCACUGAUAAUGGCUUCCCAGCACUAAGUAGUGAAGUAUUAGUGAGUGUCAUGCUAAACGACAUGAAUGACAAUCCUCCAGUUUUCAACCAGUUGCUAUAUGAGGCACAUGUGAGCGAGUUGGCACCAAGGGGUCACUUUAUAACCUGCGUCCAGGCCUCAGAUGCUGACAGUUUCGAUUUUGACCAUUUGGAGUACAGCAUUUUGUCUGGAAAUGAAAGAAUGAACUUUGUGAUGGAAAAAAAAACAGGAAUCAUCACAUUGUCCAGCCACCGGAAGCAAAGACUGGAUCCUGCCUAUAGCCUCAAUGUAUCAGUGUCUGAUGGGGUGUUCACCAGCACUGCACAAGUUCAUGUUAAGGUCCUGGGGGCCAACCUACAUAGUCCAGUGUUUGAACAGAAUACAUAUGAAGCAGAACUGAGAGAGAAUGCUGCUGUGGGAACUGUAGUGAUGCAGUUGAAGGCAACAGAUGCAGACCCUGGAGUGUUUGGCCAAAUCACUUAUUCCUUUCUUAAUGAUGUGGGCAAUGACAAAUUCAGCAUCGAUGCAAGUGGCCGCAUCAGCACAGUGGAAAAACUUGAUCGCGAGGACCCUGACAAUAAGGACAUUGUUCUUACAGUAGCAGCUCAGGAUUCAGGUGGACGUGUCUCCUAUUGCACAAUACACCUCAACCUCUUAGACGAGAAUGAUAAUGCACCUCGCUUUCUAGCCACAGAGUACCGAGCUUCACUCAAACAUGAUGUGUCUAAAGGUUUUUUGGUGACACAGAUCCAGGCUUAUGAUCCCGAUGAUGGCACUAAUGCAAAAGUGACGUUUUCACUUUACAGUGAGGCACAUGUCCCUGUGGUAGAUAUUUUGGAGAUUGACCCAGAUAAUGGUUGGAUGGUGACAAAAGGCAGCUUCAGCCUCCUCAGGAACUCUGUUUUAUCUUUUUUUGUGAAGGCUGUAGAUGAAGGAAAUCCAGUUCGACACUCUUUAGUGCCUGUUUACAUACAUGUUCUUUCUCUAGAUGCUUUUAUACCUACCUUCAGCCAGCAUCACUACUUAUUUAGCAUACCAGAGAACACACCCAUUGGUUCAAUCAUAGGAACAAUUCGCCUCAACAUUCCUUCUGAAUAUACCUCAUUCUCCCCUACCUUUGCUAUGGUUAAUGGGGAAACCAGUGAAAAUAACCAAGAUGGGGUCUUUUUGGUAGAAAAGCAUACAGGAGUGAUCAAACUCGAUAAGCCCUUGGAUCAUGAAGUGAUUGAAGGAUUUUACUUCAAAGUUACUGCCACAGCACAACAGACUAAGCUGGGUUCUAUGACUUCCGUUGAUGUUGAAAUCAAAAUUUUGGAUCUAAAUGACAACAAACCAGCUUUCGAGGCCAGUUCCUAUGUUACUACUGUAAUGGAGGGAGUUACAGUUGGAACCAGAAUCAUUCAAGUCCAAGCACGUGACCUAGACUCCGGGGUCAAUGGCCAAGUGAAAUACAGACUUGGGACACUAAUCCAGUCACAGUGGAAUUCAGACACCUUGGCUCACACUUUCAGCAUUGAUAGUAACACUGGCUGGAUCUCCACACGAAAGGACCUUGACCAUGAGACCAACCCAUCAUUCAUGUUCUCAGUGGUGGCUUCAGACCUUGGGGAGACCCUGUCUCUUUCCAGCACUACCACUGUGACAGUGUCAGUGUCAGACAUCAACGACAACCCUCCAAAGUUCAUAGAGAACCGCUACUUCGGCUCAGUCAAGGAAAGUGACCCCCCUGGUGAAGUGGUGGCUGUGCUUAAUACAAGGGAUGAUGACAGCUCUGCAGUGAACCAGCAUGUUACUUACCACAUCACUGGUGGAAACGAUCGUGGUGUAUUUGCCCUCGGUCUGGUUCAGGGUGAAUGUAAGAUGUAUGUGAAGGGGCCACUGGAUAGAGAGGAACGUGACCUCUACGUCAUUAAUGUAACUGCGAGCGAUGGGCUCUUUGUUUCCCAGACGGUGGUGGAGGUGACUGUGAUAGACACCAAUGACAACAGCCCAAUUUGUGACCAGGCAAGGUACACAGCUUAUAUUCCAGAGGACCUCCCAGUCAACAGUGUGCUGCUGAGGGUUGGAGCUACAGAUGCAGACGUGGGCAUUAGUGGUCAGAUCCAGUACUCACUACAUGGUCAUGGAUCCCAGGAUUUCAGCAUUAACCCAGACACUGGUGAGAUCAAGUCAGCAGUGAGUCUGGACUAUGAGGUGACACCCAGUUACCGACUAGUUGCUCAGGCAACUGAUGGAGGAGGGCAGUGGUGUCAUGCUGAGGUGCACCUGGCGGUGACUGAUGUAAAUGACAACCCGCCCAUUUUCACUCUGCCACAUUAUUCUACCAGUGUCUAUGAAGACACAGUCACCAAGGCCCUGCUCACUCGCAUUCAGGCCAUAGAUCCCGAUGAAGGUCCAGGUCGGUUGGUGGUUUAUUCCCUUGCUGACUCCGCUGGAGGGUUUUUCUCAAUCGACAAGUUCACAGGCAUAGUUGCCCUGGAACACAUUCUUGACCGUGAAGUCCAGCCGACUCAUCAGAUAACCGUUUGUGCAUCUGAUCAGGGUUCACCACUGCCCCUCUACUCACUGGUCAACGUCACAAUAACCGUGCUGGACAUAAACGACAAUCCACCUGUGUUUGAACACCGGGAUCAGCUGGCUACGGUGCCGGAGGAUGUGCGAGUAGGCACCGAGGUUCUGAGAGUGUACGCUGCCAGCAAAGAUAUCGGGACCAAUGCUGAGAUCACUUACAGUUUCAGAUCAGGCAACGAGCACAGAAAGUUCCACAUCCACCCACUGACUGGUGCCAUUUUAGUUUCCCAGCCUCUGGACUACGAAACCUGCAGAGACUAUUUCCUAACAGUGGAAGCUCGUGAUGGCGGCACGCCAGCUUUGACUGCCAUUACUACAGUGAACAUAAACCUAACAGAUGUCAACGACAACGAACCAAUAUUUAGUCAUGACCUGUACACAGCAGUGGUGUCGGAGAAUGCCAACAUUGGAGAAUUUGUACUACAGCUGGUAGCCGAGGAUGGUGACAGUCAACUGAACGGAGCCAUCCUCUACUCCAUUGUCAGUGGAGACCAGGAUAGCCAGUUUUUCAUUGAACCACUAAGUGGGGUUAUGAAAGUCAACAAGCAGCUGGAUCGAGAGACAGUUCCCAGCUACUCGCUGGCCAUCAGAGCACAGGAUACUGGAGUUCCACCAAUGUCUUCCACUGCACUGGUCAACAUAGAUAUAUCUGACAUCAAUGACAACCCACCCAUCUUUUCCCCAGCUAACAUCACUACUGUCAUACAGGAAAACAAGCCAAUUGGCACAAGCAUUCUGCAGUUUUCAGUCAUCGAUCAGGAUUCCUCUCACAACGGGCCACCUUUUUCCUUCAGCAUCCUGUCAGGAAACGAAGGCGGGGAGUUUGUGUUGGAAAAAGAUGGAACUCUUGUGGCCAAUCAGGUGUUCAGAAGGGACCUGGCUACUGAAUAUGUUAUUCAGAUACAGGUGUCGGACUCUGGGAUUCCCUGUUUGUCCUCCACCUCCAUGCUCACUGUUAGAGUCAUUGAGGAGAGCCUUCAUCGGCCAGUGGUACUGCCACUGGAAAUUCACAUUGUGACUAUGGAGGACGAGUUUCCUGGAGGUGUGAUGGGUCAACUGCACGCCACUGAUGCCGACCCUUACGAUGCACUGACUUUCGGUCAUGCCACCCCAGCUCAGCGCAGUCUAUUUAAGAUCGGUCCUCAUGAUGGAAAAAUCAUUGCUCUUGGUGGGUUAGAUGCCGGCAGGUACUUUCUCAAUGCCAGUGUUAGUGAUGGACGCUUUGUCGUGUCUGUGCCAGUGAGCAUACAUGUGGAGCAGGCAACACUCGAGAUGCUACGUGACGCGGUAAUGGUUCGCUUUGAGAGUGUAGCACCACAAAAUUUUGUGGCAAUGCAUCUUAAAAGCAUUUUGAAGGUGAUGCAGCAGGCUGCCCAAUCUCAGCAGCAGGACACACUGCACCUGCUCAGCUUACAGCCAGUUGAUGGGACGCAACAACUUGACAUGCUUAUCACUGUGGAAAAAGUAGGAGGUGGGUACUAUAAGGCAGCUUACCUCACCCAGAAGCUCAGCACAUCACGGUGGAAGCUGGAGGAGGUGCUCCGAGUGUCAGCUAUCCUGGAUAAAAACUGUUCUGGGUUGGAGUGUCGUGGAGCGCAAUGUGAACAGAAUAUCAUCCUGGAUUCUCACAACCUGGUCACGUACAGCACUCCACGGUUCAGCUUCGUUUCACCGCGCUUCCGCCGAACCUCACGUUGUACGUGCAAUGAUGCCAGUUGUCCUGUUCUGCUAGAACAGUGUGAAGACCAGCUGUGUCCAGCAGAUAUGCAAUGUAUUUCAGUAGGAGCCACCAGAGGACGCUACGCAUGCCAGUGUCCACCUGGGAAACUUGGAGCAUGUGCAGGCCAUUCGUCCCUGAGUUUCUCUGGCAACAGCUACAUAAAGUACAGACUGUCUGACCAGCUGCAGAUGGAGGUGAAACUGACUCUGAGGAUCAGGACACUGCAGAGCCAUGGAGUAAUCAUGUACAUGCAGACAGAGCAAUGCAUCAUUCUCAAGUUGCAAGAGGGGAAGCUGUGUUUACAGCUAGCCUGUGAUUUCCAUGGAGAUGGUGACAGUUCUGAUGGGCUGGGUCGUCGCAUCAAUGAUGGCAGCUGGCACACCGUGGCGAUGGAGCUACAUCGCAAUUUCAGUAGCCUGGUGCUGGAUGAAAGCUACAUUGAACAACGGCAUAUACCAUCAUUAGUACAAACACUGCCUCGAGACAGGACUAUCUACUUUGGUGCACUGGUGCAGUCUCCUAACUUACCCAGCCUUACAGACUCCCAGAAGGACCCGUGGGUGCAUAACGGAUUCCAAGGGUGUCUGGACUCUAUUAUGUUUAAUAACAGAGAGCUGCCUGUGCAGAACAAACCUUUACAGUAUGCAGAGGUAGUUGAACUGACUGAGAUGAAACUGGGCUGCAUCCUGUACCCUGACCCUUGCCUGCAUCAACCCUGCCGCAAUGGCGCCACCUGCACCAGUCUGCCCUCUGGUGGGUUCACAUGCAGCUGUAAUCCUCAGUACACUGGAGGAACCUGUGAAAUGGAGGUAACAGUGUGUGUUCCCAACCCUUGUCAAAACAGUGGUGUGUGCAAGCCCAUCGGCAACGCGUUCCUCUGCAGCUGCAGGAGAGGCUUCAGGGGUCUGAUUUGUGAGGAAGAUGUAAAUGAAUGUGACCGAGGCAACCCAGAGGGUGAAUGUGAGAAUGGAGGCACCUGCGUCAACACUCCCGGCUCCUUCUACUGCAACUGUACACCGGGCUUUGUGGGUCAGCGCUGCAGCCUGCGGCCCGUCAUUGUCCCUGACAUGCAGGCUGGUCAUGCUGUGGUCGGUAAGGAGGAGCUGAUUGGCAUCUCUGUGGUGCUCUUUGUCAUCAUCAUCCUCAUCUUCGUCUUCGUCGGUUUCCGCAAGAAAGUUUUCCAGAAGAACUACUCGCGGAGCAACCUGUCUCUGGUGCAGGACCCGGCCACUGCUGCACUGCUCAACAAGGCUAACUGUGUACCAUUUAAGACUUUACAUUGCGCACCAGGAGAACAUCUAAACCUGUACUCAGAGCCAGGAAUAGAGCCCACCAUGGUGGUGGGGACAGGGAUAAUAGGACCUCCACAAGUCCCUGUUAGGCCAGUGGCUUAUGGACCUUGUUUCCAAGGAGACCCACUGUCCGAACUAGAGAAGGUGUCAGAUGGCCACAUCAUGGAGCACAUUGAGAUGAGCACCUUUCACCCAGAAUCACCGAGAUUCCUGACUGGAACAACCACGAUGGGGCUGGUGGUGUGCACCGUGGCCCCAACCCUACCACCAGUGUCACCUUGUCGCUCAGACUGUGACUCUAUAUGCAAGAGCCCUCUGAGCAGCGAUGAGGGGAAGAUGGUUGACAUGGCAGAAGAAGAAACGUGUUUCUCAGGUAGCAACAAAGGCAGUAACUCAGAGGUCCAGUCACUGAGCUCGUUUCGGUCCGACUCCUGCGACGACAAUGCAUAUCACUGGGACACAUCGGACUGGAUGCCAAGCACAAAGCUUUUGGACACUGAAGAAGUGCAGAGCUACAAGACAGGUCCUGGCAGUGAUGCAGUAGGCUCAACCUCUUGCCUUGGAGGAGGCAGCCAUGAACUGGAAUCAGACUACUACCUGGGAGGCUGUGACAUUGACAGUGACUAUCCUCCUCACCAUGAGGAGUUUCUAAGCCAAGACCAGUCUCCACCUCCACUGCCCACAGGAGAGGAAUAUCCUGAGCCCUAUAAGCCACUACUUACUAAUCUCCAGAUAUCAAAGGAGGGCAUCCUUAGCUCUAGCAGUAUGAGUCAUGAGCAUGCGAGGCUACACUUUCACCCCAGCCAAUACUUGCCUCCCCACCAGCUACCUACCACUCCAGUAGGUGGGGUAAUGCCAGUAAAUGGGGACAUUGCUGAAUCUUUGUGGCUAAACAUGCGCCUGUCAGUUGGCUCAUCACCAGCCUCUGACAUGUCAGUGCUUUGCGAACUGGACUCAGAACGUAGCAACGAUUUUGAAAAUGUUGAUCUUCAUCGGGGAGCAACGAUUAUCACUGACUCACAGCAACAGACUGAAGUGUAAAUGUGCAAGCAGGCAUACAUGUGCAGUGGGACCAAAGGAGCAUGUCAGUGCUUCAGAUAGCAAAUGAAAGGGAAGAAAGAUUUUAUCGGCAAUGCUUCAUAAUGCUCCAGCUAUACAAAAAAAUAUAGCCACACAAAAAAAAGGACAUUUCAUGGAUACUAUUGUCCCAUGCAACUAUGUCCUGACAUGAAAAUGUGUGUUAUGAGAAAUUUCAUCAUACCAUGAGCAACAAAUGCAUUUUGUUUUUACUUAUAAUGGGGAUUUACUUGUAAUGUUGAAAUGAUUUGAUAUAGAAUGUAAACAUGAAGAAUAAUCCAGAAGAGACUUGAAUACUUGAAUAUGUUUCAAUGCAGUACACAGACCAAGCGAAGAAAUGUACCAGACCAUGAUCUAAACCUCUGUCUGCUUUGUAGAAUUCACUUCACUUUACAUAUAGCAAGGGUGGGGAAAUGAUUAACAGUUAAACAGGGAAUAUACUUUUAUUUACAUUCUGCAUUUCUGCAGGUAUGACGAUCACUUUAUGCUAGAUGCCAUGUGGAGGUGGUGCAGGGGACUGUGAUCUACUUCAAAUUUCAAUUCGUGCAUAUUAAAGAUGAAGGAGCUCAUGUUCAUAUUUCACCGUUUGAAACUUUGAACUUAAUUCACAUUUCUAAAAUGUGCCAUUUCAUGUUGAUUUCUCAAAAUUUUUAGCCUCCCCUUAUGAGAAAAAACAAGAAAAAAAAAAAAACAUUAAAGUUUCUCUUUGUGGAUAAAUACAGUAUUU